GCAGCCGCCAGCUUGGCAUCAGUCAACAAGUUCAACUUCAACUUGAGUGUGACAUGUUUGGGCUGGUACAACUAGCUAGCAGGCUGUAAAAUAACGAAAUGAGGCUCCGAUAAGUCAUUUUCCAAUUGCUUAUUUGUGAAAUAUGUCCAACAACAAUCGAAUGGAUUUACAGGAUGGCAACAUGUCGCAAGUUUGGAGAAAAUAACGAGAUGACUUGCCUAACAGUGGCCUGGACAUUUGUGAUAUGUUAACGUUAAUCACCAAAGACAAGUGUGUAAGAUGGACUGCAGGAAUUAGUUAGCUGCUGACUUUCGAGAUGUGCUACUAGCUGUACAUGUAAAUAUAUGACCAAAAAGCACUGUAAGUUAUCUACACCUACAUAUCAACAUGGACAUCAAGCCCUAGAAAUAAGUUGUUAAUAUUUGCAUGCUCUGUCAUCACUUUUUAAGGUAAAUUCACCUGCACAUACAUUUGAAUGGCUAACCACACAUAAACAGAGCUGAUCAUGUCACUAGCAAAGCAGGCACAAACGUGGUUCCCAACUCAUGUCCAAGCCACUGUUCUCCAAGCAACUGACCUACAAGCUAAGGGUAAGCAUGGCACCAACGACGCCUACGCUAUCAUCCAGCUGGGCAAAGAGAAGUACUCAACAUCUGUGGCAGAGAAAACACUCAACCCAGUGUGGAGAGAAGAAGCCUCCUUUGAACUGCCUGGUCUGCUUCUGGAGGGCAAUCCAGAAAUCUACGAACUAUGCCUUAUUGUGAUGCACAGGUCCCUGGUGGGGAUGGAUAAAUUCCUGGGCCAGAGUACCAUCAAUCUCAAUGAGAUUUUUGAUAACAAAGAGCGAAGGAAAACUGACUGGUACUCCUUGGACUCCAGGCCAGGGAAGAAGAGGAAGGAGAGAGGGAAGAUCCAGGUCGGCAUCCAGUUCGUGAGGAACAACAUGACGGCCAGCAUGUUUGACCUCUCCAUAAAGGACAAGCCCCGCUCGCCCUUCACCAAACUCAAGGACAAGAUGAAGGGCCGCAAGCACGACGGUGGUUUCUCCGACACCUCCUCAGCCAUCCUGCCCCGCUCCGCCAUGUGUGACUCGGAGACCCUUCGCCGGCCCAGUGCUCCGGACCAACAGCCCCAGCCAGAGCCCAAGGUCAAGAGACCCUUACUGGCCGGCUCCCAUACGCUCUCUGCAGCCCACUCCAUGUCCGACCUCAUUGGCACCCAUUCCGCCCCCAAGCUGGACUCUAUGAACUCCAUCGGGCAGCUGGAGAAAGGGAGUGGUGCUGCCCUCACAGGCGCUCCCAGGGCGAGGUGCCAGGCUACCAGGACAACGAGGCGCACAGUGACCCCUUUUACUGAUAUCAGCGACAGCCUGCCGCAGAAGUACGCCACCCUCCCACGCAACCGCAACCCUUUGGAGGGGGAGAAGGGCCAGCUGUGGGACCGAGGGGAGAAGAAGGAGAAGAAGGAGAAGGUCAGCCUGCUGGAACGUGUGACCGGGAAGAAGGAGGGACGCAAGACCCACAACGGGGGUUCGGGCAGCUCUGGAGACCUGCGCACAACCAACCCCUUCAGCAGCGACUCUCAGGGCGACACCCAACCAACCAACCCCUUCCUCUCACACUACAAAGCAAGUGAUAAAAAUCCCACCACUAAUGAAGACAUCCGAAAGGCAAGCGAGAACCAUCCCUAUAGCAACCUAUCUUUCGAUGAGGUGGUGCAUGGGCUCAUCAAGCAGAAGGAGGUGGUGAAAAAGAAGGACGCGCAUAUCCGUGAACUGGAAGACUACAUUGAUAACCUGCUGGUGCGCGUUAUGGAGGAGACGCCGAGCAUCCUACGGACACCCUACGAGCCCAAGAGGAAAGCGGGGAAAAUCUCCAAAAAGAAGUAGGGUCCAAAAGAUAGGGUCUUGUUACAGUGAUGUCCCAUCCUAGCCAUUUAAAAAUGUAUUGUGGGUAUAGAGCAAAAAAAAUGAAGAGAAGGGGAUUGACCCCCUUUAUAUCAUCAUUUUGAUUUGAUUUCUUUACAAACACUGUAUUGAUGCAGCUUAUACAGUUUUAUAUGUUUGGUAUGCUUUGAUUUGAGUUUACACCAGUUUCCCCAACAGAAAAUGAUUGGGGAGUGAAGUACUAUACCCGACUACAUAAAUAUCUGACAUUUGACUUGCAUUUUAGCUAACCCCAUGGCUGUCCCAUAAUGAUAGAUAGACUAACCUCUGAAUCAGUUGCUGUAGAGUGAUCCGCUCCUGCCUGACCGUUUUCCCAAGGUGGACACGUUUUCACAAUAGUGUAUACAAUAGACCUGUGCACUUUCGCACACAUAUAACAUGGGAAAAACACCGACAGCUUCUGAAGCGAUUGUGUGUACAUGGAACCACCAUCAAGCUCGAUUUGCAUUUCAACACUAAGGCCAUACAAAUGUAAUUAAAUGUUUAACGGAUGCCCCUCUUCACUUCUCUUAAAUUUAUUAAUUUUUUAAACGUAAGAUCAAGUCGUACUGAAAAAUGGCAUGUUUAGAUUAAAAAAAAUAAAAAAAGUCCUCAAAAUUCCAAAAUGAGAUGAUGCACAACUUCCUGUCGGAUUAUUGCUGAACUAUGCCUA